GAAGCGCCAGUCGGUCUUCGUUCGUUGCCGAGUUAAGUUCACCGCGAUUCCACCUCUGAUCUGCGGAGCAGGCAUCGGUGUGUGGCAGUUUGUUUCAAAUUCCGUGCUGCUGGAGAUGGAGCGCUGUGUAAAUAAAUAACUCGCUAAAUAGAUGAGCAAACCUAAGUCAAUAAACCAUAAGGUUUCGAAUUGAAGACACUUGCAAUCGUGUAACGAACGUUGAGUUUGCAUUGAGUUCUGGCUGAGGGCAAUUAAUUCUUCUUAAUUGUUUAACAACCGCUCAUUAAAAAUACGUAUCGGAAUAAACCAAGUUAAAUAUAUAUAUUACUAGACCAGGCAGAAGCUAAACCGAAUUGGCCAACAUGCAGACGGUUAUCCAGAACCCCAACUGGUGGCGUCGUCGCAACAAGUUGGAAAGAGGUCUGCUGGUCUCGCUCGGCAUCAUGCUCGCAGUGAUUGCCACCGGGUUCGGGCUCUGGAUUAGCGAUGCUCUGAGGACGAGCAGUCUCCCGCCGAGUCCCCAGUCCACUGCCCUCCACGGUGACAGCACCACUAUCAACAAGGUGCCUACGGUCACCGCCUCAAAGGGCAAGGCGGGCGCCUCGGGCGACGUGUGCCUCAGCCAGGAGUGCAUCCACACGGCUUCCACCGUUUUGCGUAAGAUGAAGCCGGAGGUGGAGCCGUGCGACAACUUCUACGAGUUCGCCUGCGGCACAUACCUUGAGGAGGAGAACAUCCCCGACGACAAGGUCUCCAUCAGCACCUUCUCCGUGAUCUCUGACAAACUGCAGGAGCAGUUGAAGGACAUCAUUACCGCGGAGCGACCGAAAACGGAGCCGAAGCACUUCCGACUGCCCAACCUGCUUUACAGGGCCUGCAUGAACAAAACUCUGAUCGAGACCCUGGGCCCUGAGCCCAUAGCUCGAAUGGCCAAGAAGCUGGGCGGCUGGCCGUUAAUCACGGGAGAAUCUUGGAACGCGGACGACAGCUGGACCUGGCAGGAACAGGUCAAGAAGUUCCGCACCGCCGGAUUCAGCAUGGACUACAUCAUUGACUUUUCGAUAGGAGUGGAUUUGCAGAACAGCACUAAGCGGCUUAUAGAUCUGGACCAGUCCUCUCUGGCCUUGAGUCGCGAGUACCUCGUGAAGGGAUUCAAUGAGACCCUGGUGACGGCCUACUACGAGUAUAUGGUAGACAUCGCGGUCCUUUUCGGGGCCAAUAGGGAUUUGGCCAAGACGGAGUUGCUGAGUUCGUUGGAGUUCGAGAUCGCCCUUGCCAAUAUCUCCUGGCCCAACGAGAAGCGUCGAAACUCCUCUGAGCUGUACAAUCUAAGGACCACCGCGCAGCUUCAGGCUGGAUACCCCUACGUGCAGUGGGUGGACUACAUGAACGCCCUGCUGCCGGAGGGGCUGAACGUGGCUGAGGACGAGAUGAUCAACCUGUCGGUGCCCAGCUUCUUUGAGGACCUCGGCAAGCUGCUGGCCAGGACGCCAAAGCGUGUCAUCGCCAACUAUAUGUUCUGGCGCAUCCACGGCUUCUCUGUGGGAUUUCUGAGUGAGGAGUUCCGCAAGCGGCAGCUGGAGUACGCCACUGCCCUCUCCGGCCGCCAGGAACAGGAGGCUAGAUGGAAGGAGUGUGUCGACAUCGCCACGAGCAGCAUGGAUGAAAUAUGCGAAGAAGAUUUCUAUAGCCUCGGCAUUUCCGUGGGAUCGCUCUAUGUGGGCAAGCACUUCCACAAGGACUCCAAGGCCAACGCCCUGGAGAUGGUCAACGAAAUCCGCAACGUGUUCAACGACAUCCUCGACGAGGUCAACUGGAUGGACUCCAAGACAAAGGAGGAGGCCAAGCUAAAGCUGCACAGCAUGGCCACCCACAUCGGUUAUCCGGACGAGAUGCUUGACAACGAGAAGCUGGCCGCCUACUACGCCAAGCUCGACAUCGAUCCCGACAAGUACUUCGAGUCGUUCCUGGGCAUGAACAUAUUCGGCACGGAUUACUCCUUCAACAAGCUCCGUUUACCGGUCAACAAGACGGACUGGGUUCGCCACGCCCGCCCGGCGAUCGUGAACGCAUUCUACUCCUCCUUGGAGAACAGUAUUCAAUUCCCGGCCGGAAUCCUGCAGGGACACUUCUUCAACGCCCAACGUCCAAAGUACAUGAACUUUGGCGCAAUUGGUUACGUGAUUGGUCACGAGAUCACCCACGGUUUCGACGACCAGGGUCGCCAGUUCGACGUGAAGGGCAACCUACGGGACUGGUGGCACCCGGACACCCAAAAGGCCUAUCUGGCCAAGGCGAAGUGCAUUAUCGAGCAGUACGGCAACUACACCGAAAUGGCCACGGGACUGAACCUGAAUGGCAUCAACACCCAGGGGGAGAAUAUCGCCGACAAUGGUGGCGUCAAGGAGUCGUACAUUGCCUACCGAAGAUGGGCUGAGAAGCACGGACCGGAGGCAAAGCUACCCGGAUUGGACUACACCCCGGAGCAGAUGUUUUGGGUGGCAGCCGGACAGACUUGGUGUGCUAAAUACCGCAAAGAAUCUCUCAAGAUGCGUAUUACUACCGGAGUGCAUUCGCCAUCCGAGUUCCGAGUCCUUGGGUCACUCAGCAACAUGAAGGACUUCGCCAAGGACUUCCAGUGUCCGGAGGGCUCGCCCAUGAAUCCGGUCCAAAAGUGCGAAGUUUGGUAGGACCUGCUCCGGCAGUGACUACAUGGUAUUGUAUCCGCCGCGACACUAUUUGCUAAUCGCAAGUAGAAAUACAUAUACAAUACCAAGCGUAUUUAUGCUAAGUGCGCAUUAUGUAAAAAUCGUAUUUAAUAAAAAAUGUGUUUAUAUGUAAGAAUUUCGACAAUA